UGAAUAUAAUAUGUGGUCCCAUCAAUAUUGUGUGGUUCUCACUCCCGAUGUGGGCCCCACGUGCAUUUUACUAAACACGUGAAAUAAAUAACAAAAAAUUACAACCUCCUAAAUUAAAUAACCAUUUCUCUGGGUUCAAUACAUAAUUUAGUAAAAAGUAAAUAUACUUGGGGACGAUAUUACAAUAAACAUAUUCCGUCAGUCGUCAUUGACCAAAAUUUUGUCCACAUUUUCUUCCACCCAAUUGCGAGAACCUUUGUCUCAGUCCCACGUCCAGUAGUAUUCUGAGAACGGAAAGUCACGAAGUCCACUGCACAAAACCACUUCCUGGAACCGACGAAGUCUCCAUGUCGGGUGGGGAGUUAUGUCCUUCUUCUCCCACUCAUAAAGAAUGUUGUUAAAGUCGCCUAAAAUCAUCCAUGGUUGAGUAUUACCUUCUUACAAGCUUUGUAACAAAGCCUAAGCCUCCCUCCUCCGUCUGGUUUCCAGAAACCCGUAGAAGCUCGUUAGCCGUCAAGAUGGAUCCCUCGUCGAUAGUUUCACCGAACAAUCAAUAAAACUUGUUUCACCACGGGUAGUGUCUAUUUCCGUCUCAUUGUUCCACCCCAUCAACAAACCGCUACUCUGCCCUUUAUUGUCGAUGUUGUAACUUUUGGGUACCCCUGCAAACGGAGGAUGCCCUUCACCCAUUGACAUUGUAGCUUCGUCUCCAGAUGAUCGGAAUCACUGGCAGAAACAACAUGCUCGGGAUGAUACCCUAGAAAUGACUGUCGUUUCUUAAUAAUAGGUAAGCUACUGGGAAGAAUACUCAACCAAAGGUGUUGCAGCCUCAUUAAUGGAGCACAAUCUCCUCCAGAUUGGCAAUCAACAGCUAAAAGAUGCAUAAGAAUAGAGCCAAGAGCAUGCUUUAUCAAGGUAGAUUUGCUCCCAAGUAUUUCAGAGGCAAAGAGCUUUUCUGCAUUCCCAACAAAUCUUUGAUAAUAUGGCUUCUGAAAUUAGCUUGUUUACCACAAAACGAAAGAGCUUUUUUCAAAGUUCACUGCUUGUCCAGAAGAAUUCUGAUAUAAGGUUAAGGCUAGAGUCCUACUACCUGCACCUUUGCCUAGGGUGAUUGAUCAAGAAUAAAGACGUGGUUCGUGCUUCCAUUCUUAUUUCAAAUUUAUAAACUGCUCAUGAAUUUUCGAACAAUGUUUUCUUUAAAACAGUUGGGGGCCUGCGUGCCCGUGUUUGCCACAUGUUUGCCACAGUUGGGGGUUACUGAUUUUCGCCAUUUUCUCCCAGUAACUUUGUUUUCCUGAUUUGGCCAUCCUGUGAGAAUUGGAGCCUUCGGCCAGGGGGCCGAAGGCACCCCUAGUGCGCCACGUGGGUUGCUUAGUACUUGGGGCGCCGUGAUCUGGGCUUGCUGUGCUUCCUGGGCCUAUUGGACCCCCAUUAGAAUAGUAGGAGUCUAUGGGCCGGGGGUUCCUGGGUCAUAUACUCCAUCACUAAGUAUCAAACAUAUUAUUCUUUCCGCAUUUGUUUGAUUAUGAUAUUGAUCUUGAUUGUAUGUGUUUACUAAUCGGUUUUGCAAUAGAAUCAAUCGGACGCCUUGUACAAUUCAAUAGGGAUGAACUGUUGUUCUUAUCGGGUUGUACGACGGUUGUCUACGUGGCCCGGAUGCAGUCUGGGGCGUGAUAAUUAAGUGGUAUAAGAGCCAUCGAUUUCUAAACUAUAUGAUUAACCUCUCAAUAGUCUUAUCAAAAAAAAAGUUUUGAACAAAACCAUGAGCAAAAGUGUUUGUACUUAAGGAACCGUUGGAAACCAAGUUAUUGACCUCUUAUUGUUGAGACGGUAGUCUUAAGAGUUUGUUGGCCAUAAUGUUGGACCAAGUGGUGUCUUUUGUACCUUUCCGUCAAUCGACAUUGAAACGAGUCUAACGGCUCAUUCCUGAUUUUCUUUCAGAAAUGGAGGGUGGACGCAGGAUUACUAGGAGGAACCCGACGGGUCGUGCAUCGGGGGCCACCGGGCACGAUACACGGGCUGAAUCACGGACCUCUAGGGGUAGAGGUCGGGGCCAAGGCCGAGGAGGAGGCCGAGGCAGGGGUCGUGGGCGUUCUACAACGCCGACGGCAAGUAGCACGCGUGUCGGUUCUGUGCACCCAUCCAGGGCCACCGAAUCGAACGACUUCACCUAUGCUCCAAGCACGGAGCAAGAGGAGACCCCGUACAACGGGGAGGACUUUGAGGAAGAAGAUGAGGAUAAUGAUCCUCAUUGUGACCGUAUGAGUGAGGUACUAGAAUGGUACCUCGAGAAAAAGGCAAAGAGAAAACAACGACGGCAAGCUAGACAGGCUAGGCAGGCCAUGGGACAGGGAAGUUGGGGAGCUUCUAGCGCUCCAUCUGGAGUGUUUGGAGGAGACACAAUGGUACGUAUCUCCAAGUACCUCAAGGAGGCUAGGGCUUUGGGGUGAAAAUCGUUUGAUGGAAAGGGCGACAUAUCUGAGGCCGCCGACUGGAUUAAGAAGCUGAAUGAUGCUUCUAGGGAUAUGCAAAUUGGGUUCGACGUGAAGUUGAGGGUCACCACCAGGCUACUGGAUGGGGUAGCUGUUGUAUGGUGGGAAGGAGUAGAAGGAAAGUUCCAUGGUGAGGCCACUUGGGAGAAAUUCGAAGUGAAGUUCUAUAAUCAGUACUACUCAACUUUUGAAGUCAAUCUCAAGAGGAGAGAGUACACAAAUCUGAGACAGGAGGAUGGUUGCUUGGUGAGGCAAUUGGAGCAGAGAUUCCGAGACUUGGCACGAUUCAUACCAGAGUACUCUUUGGAUGAGAAUCGAAUGACCAAUCAUUUUUGGGAUGCUCUACAGUUGGAUAUCCGCGACCGGGCUACUUAUCAGCAUUACAUGACAUUUAGUCAAGUGGUCGAUCAAGGACUCCUUGGGGAAAUCCAAUGGAAUGAAAGGAAGGUGAGAGACGCCGAGGAGGCGAAGAAGAGGAGAUGGGGAAACUCUGGACCCCAAGACCACUCUCGGAAGCAUCACGCCGGGGGUGGCAAUACAUUCAAGGCGCCGACACCACCAACGAAAAGGUAUAAGGGCUCAGGAGGGCAAGGGCCCAAACCAGGGGGUGUGGGGCCACCAAGGUGCGCAAACUGUGGUAAGAACCACGGGGGGAGUUGUAAUGAACCAUCCUGGUGCUUCAAAUGCGGUAGCACGAGGUUCGUGCUUCCAUUCUUAUUUCAAAUUUAUAAACUGCUCAUGAAUUUUCGAACAAUGUUUUCUUUAAAACAGUUGGGGGCCUGCGUGCCCGUGUUUGACACGUGUGGCUAAGUAUCAAACAUAUCAUUCUUUCCACAUUUAUUUGAUUAUGAUAUUGAUGUUGAUUGUAUGUGUUUAUUAAUCGGUUUGGCAAUAGAAUCAAUCAGACGCCUUGUACAAUUCAAUAGGGAUGAACUGUUGUUGUUCUUAUCGGGUUGUACGACGGUUGUCUACGUGACCCGGAUGCGGUAUGGGGCGUGACACCAUUUUUUAAGAUCAUGCUUCAAACAUUUCAGUUUACUCACAAGAUCCAACAUCCCUCUACAAAAAUUACGAGUCUGCCAACUUUUUUAAACCAUGCUGAGAAAAGAUGGGUGUGCAGUCCACAUAUUUAGAAAUUUAAAGGGUUUAGGUCCACUGCAGCCCUUAUUAGAUAAUUGUAGAAGAAUUGGAGAGUGAUGAGAUGGAGUUUUGUUAAGAUGUGUGAUCCGAAUGUGAUCAAAAACCUCAGUGGUCUGAUUGUUGAACAAAACUCUAUCUAAUCUUCUCCAGAGUCUACCAUUAGAUCUAAUACCGGGUCAAGUAUAUUUAGUACCGCUAAAUGGCAAAUCAAUAAGAUCACGGAAGGAAAUGCAGUUAACAAAUUCAAUCAUACUAACAUAUGGGGUAAAGAUUGUCCAAAGUGUUCAGAGUGAGAAGCAAUAGCGUUGAAAUCUCCUCCCACCAACCAAGCUUCAUUAAUCAGAUUAGAAAGAUCCUUCAAUUUUUGCCAUAGAAUUCUCCUUUGAAUGUAACUAUGAUUACCAUAAAUAGCAGUGAAAAAACCAGAGUAAGAAUGAGAGCUAAUCUUGAAAUGAGUGAAGUGGGGGUGCCAUUCAAUCUGAGAAAUAUUGAGAUUAGAGUCAUCCCAAUAUAUCCAAAUUUUAUUUCUCUGAAAAUAGAGCCUUAUCGAAACUCAGUGGUGGGAAAUUUGGACCAAGUGACCAAGUUUCGAAACCCGCAGCGGCCGUGUGGAGGUCACAGAACCUGAAAUAAGGCUGGACCUCUGGUGCGCACGGGAAAAAGGCCUACCAUCACUGGGCCGACUGAGUCACCGUGAUUAACAUCCUCCCAAAAAUCCUGUCGGGUCGGGGUACGGGGGGCUCCUGGGGUGGGAGAUUCCACCUUUUUGGACCAAGAGCCUUAUCGAAACCCAACUGCCUCAUGUACUGUUUUGCUUUAUUAGUAGCCCCUAUAGGUUCAAUAAAAACAAGUAAAUGAAUAUGCCAUUGGUGAAUAAGAGAGAAUAAUCUAGAAGCAGCACCUUCUAACUUUUUUAUUUCGAGAAGAGCAUUCUCCUUGUCAUCCUCAACAGGAUUCUUGGAAUUGGCAGACUGAUUAGCCUCAUGUUUAUCAUUUUGUUUGACAACAAAUUCGACACCUUUUAUGAUUUCUGGAAGGGCAUCUUUCCAGAGUUUGCAGAACAGAGUCAUCAAUCAAAGGCCCUACUGUCUUGAGGUUAUUGGUUCCAGCAAGAUCCAAUGACAGUUCACUGUCAGCCCCCUCUAAUUGCUUCUUAUUUUGUUUAAUAGGUCCAGGUUCUGGAUCAUUGUAAACCUCUUCUGUGUCAGAAUCAUCUUGAAUGUCUACCAGCUCAGGGUUCUUACUACUGGAUUCAAGAUUCCCUUGCUUGGAUGUAGAAAGAGCAGAUUCCUUCAGAUUGUCCCCAGGAGUGGUUUCUCCAUUAGUGAUUUUGUAAUAUAUGUGACUGCCUAGGAAUCCACUUUUUUUUUGCUUUUGUAGUAGUUUUAUCCCUUUUAUCUUGAUCCUCCCUAAUUUGUAAUUAUUGAGGCUGAGUAUGUGCUAUCUGGUUCAUAGUUCGUUUGGGACAUUUAGGAGCAGAAUGUCCCAAGUGUAAAAAUGACUCGCAAUACUCAAGUUUGUCCUCACAUAUGACAUGUUUGAGUAAAUUCUGAGGACCCACACAGUAUCCAAAUUUUCUGAGGGUUGUCAAGAGUUAGGUCAAGUUCCACACAUGCCCUAGCAAUGGAAGGUCGAGAUAGACUGGCGGUGGCUGAGUUUAUCUUGAGAGGCU